UGUGGUCCAUUUGUAGGGAUGAACCACCAUUGUAUGAAUAUUAUGUUUGGGUGUGGUUUUUUGAUGAACGAAAGGAUAGAGUCAUUUGUAUGGUUGUUUAGAGCAUUUCUUAGAUCUAUGUGUGGCAAAUGUCCACAAACCAUUAUGACUGAUCAAUGCGCAGCCAUGGCUGCUGCCAUCUCUCAAGUGUUUACAACAUCACGGCAUCGUCUUUGCAUAUGGCAUAUCGGUGAGAACUCGAAGAAGCACAUCAAGACACUUAGGAACAAUAGGAAUUUCAUGGAUCUAUUUAAUUGUUUGUUGAAGUACACAGACACCGAAGCUGAGUUUGAGUUGUAUUGGUCAAGGAUGGUGAUUGACUAUAAGUGUCAUAAGAAUCCGUGGUUAGAAAAAUUGUACGAUUGUAGGGAAAAAUGGUGCCCGACAUUUAACAAGGAUUACUUUUCUGGUGGCAUUUUAUCCUCACAAAGGAGUGAGACCACAAACCAUUCAAUUUCUAGGAAGCUAACAAAAACAGCAGGGCUUUGUGAUUUCUACUCAUCAUUUGUGAGCGUUGUUUCUGAAUGGAGAAGUAAGGAAAAUGGUGAGGAUUUUCGGUGUGCUCAAGGCAUGCCCAAUAUGAUGAUGGAUGAUGUGAAACUUCUUUCACAUGCUAGAGAGGUAUAUACCAUUGAAAUAUAUUAUAUGUUUGAGGAACAAUUCUUGAAAGGUGCUGCUUGUCAUCAAGAUAGUGUUUUCGACGAUGGCUGUCAUUUGAAGUAUCAUGUUUGGCGUCCUGAUAAAGAUAUUAUAAGGCAUGAAGUUAGUUUUAAGCCUACCAAUUUGGAUAUUUCUUGCAGUUGUGGACAAAGAAAGUUGCUGAAGGCAAGGCUGUUGAUAUGGGUUCUUUGUCUUCUAAUGUUGGUGUUGCUCCUUCAAUUUGGGUUGUUGAGAUGACUAGGAAGUUUCAAAGACUAAUUGUUUCUUGUCAAGACAACAGUGCAGCUAGACAGCGUUGUGAAGAAGCUUUUCAAAGUGCAAAGAAAAGUGUUGAAAGCGAGGUUGGU